AAAAUCCCCGGUUUGAAUCCCUGCCUGAAGGGUGACCCUUGUGAAAGUUUUCAGAUAGACCAUUCAGAGAUAAGCCGGAAAUUCCACAGAAAACUUGUGAAAAGAUGUACUGCUCUUUCGGUGCUUUGUGUCUAGUGGACCAAAUCACGCAGCAGGCUUACUGUCGUUGUGAGGAGCGUUGCCCGGAUGUAUUCGCGCCUGUCUGUGGCAGCGACAGCGUUACUUAUUCUAGCGACUGUCAACUGCAGAUGGCCUCUUGUUCACAACAGCGGAGAAUUUACAUACAUCACCAAGGACAAUGCGAUGUAAAAGACCCUUGCAUGGACAAGGAGUGUCAUUUUGGUUCAAAGUGUCGGCCUUCAUUGGACGGCAGGACAGCAGAGUGUGUGUGUCCAGAAAAAUGUGCCAACUAUGGGGACAGCCGUGGAUCGCGGCCCGUCUGUGGAAGCGACGGGAGGGAUUAUCCUAACGUGUGUGAACUGGAACGAGCAGCAUGCAAACAGAUGAGAGAGAUUAUCAUCAAAUAUCAGGGUCACUGCGAUCCCUGCGAAGGUGUGGAAUGCCCGGCUUCCCAAGUGUGCCAGCUGGACGAGCACAGGAACCCGAUCUGUAGAUGUAACUCGGUGUGUACUCCGGACUUGAGACCCGUGUGUGGAUCGGACGGGAAGACGUACACAAACGAAUGCACUUUGCGCGUUGAAGCGUGCAAAUCAAGGAAAAACAUUCGUAUCAUUUACACAGGAGAAUGCAGUGCAGGUGCUAAUCCAUGCGAAAGUCUUCAGUGCGGGCCCAACCAAGAAUGUGACAUCGACCGUUAUGGAAUUGCGACCUGUCAAUGCCCUCCGACCUGUGAGCCGGUCAUGCGACCCGUCUGUGGCUCAGAUGGCCACACUUACCACAACGACUGCGACCUCAACCGACAGUCAUGCCUUAUGAAAAGAGAGGUCACUUUGGCCUACAGAGGAGAAUGUGGAGAGAGGGGUCCCUGUCACAAACACGUUUGUCAUUUCGGAUCGAUUUGUGUCGUCAAAAGUGGCUAUGCUGUAUGCGAAUGUCCAGCCUGUUCAGAGGAGUUUGAACCUGUUUGCGGAACAGAUGGAAUAUCAUACACGAAUGUUUGCAAACUGAAACAAGAAGGAUGUGACCAGAAAAUUGAUAUUGAUAUUGCAUACACUGGAUUCUGCAAUGGAUGUGAGAAUAAGAAGUGUGAAUUUUAUGCAGUUUGCGAAAGCAACGGAAAAAAUGAAGCUCGGUGCAUCUGCCCCCACACUUGCAUCAAGGUGGAGUCAUCAGUAUGCGGAACGGAUGGUGUAACCUAUCUCAACGAAUGUGAAAUGCGAGUGGCAGCAUGUAAUAAAGGUCAAUAUGUUGCAGUGGGAUCCAGAGGACCUUGUGAUUUAUGUCAAAAUGUGCAUUGCAAGUACGGAGCCCGUUGCGAAAACGGCCAGUGCGUGUGCCCAGUAAACUGUCCUGAUAAUUAUGAGCCAGUGUGCGUCACGGAUGGAAGCACGUAUCCCAACGAAUGCGAAAUGAGACGGGAGGCCUGUAUUAGGAGUCAGGAUCUCAGUGUCCUUUUCUAUGGUGAAUGCGGAGAUGUUGGAAGCUCUGGACAAGACAUGGGAUCAGGUGGUAAAGGCUGCCAGGAAAAGAAUUGUCAAUUCGGCUCCGUCUGCGAAUAUGACCUAAAUGGCUUCCCGCAAUGCGUGUGCAACUUCGAUUGUCCGCAAACCCGAAAGCCUGUCUGUGGCUCAGACAACAUCAUACACAACAAUGAUUGCUCUCUGAGAGAAGAAUCAUGUCGCCAGCAAGUUCAGAUAUUUAUUCUGCCGAGUGCAUUAUGUGAAGAAUUUAAGGAUGUGCCUUGUGAUGGGGAAGCACCUUUAGUGAAUCCUGUGACUGGUAGAGAGUACACAUGCGGAGAGGAUGAACCCCAUAGAUAUUGCCCUCCUAGUAGUUAUUGCCAUAAAACGUCGAGUUUUGCCAAAUGUUGUAGAGAAGUUGCUAUGAUCAAAACCUGUGCUGAUACAACGUAUGGCUGUUGCCCAGACGAUCAGACUGCUGCCUUGGGUCCUAACAAUGCCGGAUGUCCAAGUGUAUGUAACUGUAACAGACUCGGUUCGUAUGGCUUAACAUGUGAUGCUGAAACCAAGCAAUGUUCCUGUAAGCCUGGUGUUGGAGGCUUGCGGUGUGAUAGAUGUGAACCCGGUUACUGGGGACUCCACAAAGCAACCGAAGGAAACAGCGGGUGUUCUUCUUGUAACUGUAACCAAUACGGAUCGGUUCGAGAUGAUUGUGAACAAAUGACUGGGCGCUGUGUUUGUAAACAAGGAAUAAAAGGCAUGAAAUGCGAUGUCUGUCCGUCUGGAACUGUGUUAGGCCCUGAAGGCUGCAUGGACGUGUCAAUCUCCAAGGCAGUGUCCGGUACUUGUUCUGAUAUGCGGUGCCUUCAUGGAGCCUCAUGUCAGGAGAAGGACGGCCUUGCCCAAUGCACGUGCAACAUCCACUGUUCUCCAGCAGAAAACAAAGACACCGUUUGUGGCACAGACGGAAAUACUUACGGCUCUGAAUGCCAAUUGCUUCAGUUCAGCUGCAGAUAUCAGAAGCCAAUAGCGGUGGCGUCAAAUGGACCCUGCAAACGAGGAGGACAAUCACCACAUUUAGUUCCUACACCAGGACCAGUAAGGAGAUCAACGGUCCAGAGAACAGCUGCAGCAGAUCAUUCUGAGACGAAAUCGACUCGGGACAUCACUCUUAGCAGAUCCGAAACUUAUCAAUUAACGACAAGACCGACAGUAGCUACACCUGUUACACUAGAAAAUUUUAUUGAGACUCCAUCCUUUUUCGGACGAUCCUACUUAGAACUGCCUCGACUUCAAGCUUAUACUAGGUUAUCUCUAGAGCUCGAAUUCAGAACAUUUGCAAAAAAUGGAAUAUUAUUGUAUAAUGGCCAGACAGCAACAGGAACAGGAGAUUUCGUUUCACUAGCUAUAAAGGAUGGAUUCGUAGAAUUCAGGUACAAUUUAGGCAACGGCCCAGUCGUACUCCGCUCGCCACAAAAACUUCAUCUGGGUAAAUUACAUCGUCUCAUAGCCAAACGAUAUUUGCGGGAUGGAAUGUUGACUUUGGAAGGCCAGGAAGAUGUCGCCGGUCGCAGCCAAGGGUCUCUCAAAUCUCUGGAUCUCGGAGAAAACUUGUAUCUUGGAUAUGUUCCAACAGAAAGAAAAGGAAUAUUCGAGAACAUAGCUGUGAGUACUGGAAUGAUAGGAUGCAUUCGGCGCUUGAAGAUUGGCAAGAAAGAAGUUGACCUCCGCUACCCGACAUCGAAAGAUAUCAUCAGAGGAAAUGGCAUUCACGAGUGUGGUGCUAGUUCAUGCAUGAAUAUGCCCUGCAAGAAUAAUGCUAUUUGCGAACCUGUCGGUGAAAGUGACUACCUUUGUUCUUGUCUACCAGGAUUCGCUGGCAAAACAUGUGAAGUAUUAGAAGAUGCUUGCUUGAACAACCCUUGUACGGACGGAUCUACGUGUGUGCCACAUGAUCAACAUGGAUUUAUAUGUAGAUGCCCUCCAGAUAGAACGGGGAAGUUGUGCGAAAAAUCUAUUAUUGAGACGGAAGGCAUCUUCGUUCCUGACUUCAAUGGGCAAUCAUAUCUGGAGUUCCCAACAUUGUCGAAUGUCCGGCAAGCGUUUAAUAUCGAAGUAUGGUUCUUGACAAGAUCUUUGCACGGCACUCUGCUGUACAAUGGUCAGCAAGCUUCUGGCAAAGGGGAUUUCGUCGCGAUCACAAUAUCGGAUGGAUAUAUCGACUUUCGAUACGACUUGGGAAGCGCCGUCCAAUCAGUGUCUGGAGUGGUUAGUAUUAGGAGCCCCGAGCCCGUCUCCCUAAACGAAUGGCACGCUGUGAAGGUAAAUCGACUGUGGAAAAACGGCACUUUGCAAGUGGACGACGGCCAUAUUUCAAGCCAGGAAUCAGCGGCCUCUCUGACGGAGCUGAAUCUGGAGCACAACUUGUACGUUGGCGGCGUGCCAAACCUGGAGAUGGUCAACCCAGGAGCCGGAGUGCGAAUGGGACUAGACGGAGCCAUCCAACGGAUCACAGUUAAUGGAGACAUAUGGGACAGGCUGAUGGCCCGGGCUAUAUGGUCCCACGGCGUUCGAAGAUACAGGGGACCACCGUGUGAUGAAACGUCCCAGUGCCUCAAUGAGGGGGUCUGCAUUCCUCAACUGAAUGUGCCUUUGUGUCGAUGUCCAUUGUACUUCUGGGGCUCCAAAUGCGAAAAAAGAAUUGCUAAAGAAGACUUAGAACGCCCUGUUGCUUUUGGAGGAAGUGAUUUCUUGAGUUUCUCGAAUAAACAAAGCACAAAAGCAGAGGGUCAGCGGGAGACCAACAUUGAGGUGACAUUCCGAACCAGUCACCAUAAAGGAUUGCUCUUGUGGACCAAUAAAGGAGCAACAAUUCGAGGUGACUACUUGGCUCUGGCUAUCAGCAAGGGUUAUGCUCAGCUUAGCUUUAAUCUCGGAAAACAGAAGGAACCUCUGCUGAUAACAAGCCUCCACAGAGUCGAUGACUCUAGGUGGCACACUGCACUUAUAGAAAGAAACAUGAGAUUUGGUACAUUGACUAUGGAUGACAAUCCUCCGAUCAGCAAUACCUCGGAGCCAGGUGCAACUGAGUUAAACACAGAUGGAGUUUAUUGGAUUGGGGGAUUUCCAAGCCUCCCAGCUGGACUGCCCGAAGACUACUAUCACGGCUUCCGAGGGUGCAUUGAAUCAGUGGUGCUCGAUGGUGACCCCCUCCAUUUAGUGAUGCACGGAACUGGAGAUGUGACUUUUUGCGACGAUUCUUGAUGACACGCGACUGGCGACUUUUCUAUUUACGACAAGUCACUCAGACCAAUGAUAGGUCAUAAUAAAGCAUUCCAUUUCAUCAACUCACAUGCUGCGAUGAAGCAGUAAAUGCGCCGUCAAUUUUUCAAGAAUUUUCGCCAUAACGAUUGGAAAUUCUAGCCAAGUUUGGCGAUUCUUUACAAGACAUUGGCUACUUUACGCCAAAUGUGUAAACUGAUGAUACAUUUCGUAAAGACGAUGAAAAAUAGAUGUUCUAUGUUUGAAAAAGUAUAUGAAUGAGCUUCAUGAUCAAACACAAAUGGAUUCAGCGACGACUGGUCAGAAAUCUCUGAUAUAUACAUUAGGUGUUUUGAAGUGUUGAAAAGUUGUGUUCAAUUUGUAUUUUAAGUUAUACUUUUAGUAUGGAAUCGCAAAGAACUUGACAUGCAGAUUUUUCUUAUUCAGAGCAGAUUUUUCUUUUUCAGUGGAAAUAAAAACGUAAGACAUCCGUCUAUUAUUAUGAAGCAAAUACAACCUUGCACAAGAUGUAAAUGCAGGGUUACUGCGGAAGUUCGUACGUUUUCUUACAUGAAAUAACACAAGAUUGAUUUCAUUUUUUUUUAUUCUUUAUUAAUGUGAACAUUAAACAAUCAUAAAAAUUUAAAUAUUCAAUAUUAACUUAAGCGUAGAUAUUUGGUUUUUGGUACAGAAUUGUGGACAUGUUCACACUCAGAUGUAUCAGCAAAAAUAUAACAAUUUUUUUGGACACUGUAUCAAUAGAUUUUUUUUUAUUAAAUUUGAAGCAAAAGUAUGAUAAAAAAAGUGAAAAGAUUGGAAAAAGGAAUUAGGUUUUUACUUUAAUCUUAUGAUAAAUGUAUAUUUUUUUAUUAUUUGUUUGAGCUGAUAUUUUUAUAAUUAUUC